AGUAAAACAAUUGUAGAAUAAAGCUGCAUGCUUACCUGCAUGUUUUUAUACACACUGGUAUGUAAAUGCGAUGUUUACAAUAAUGACGCUCUACACCUUGGCUUUACAUUUUAAACACCAAGUCUUAAGACACAAACAAAACUGUUUACUGCGUUUUAAUACACACUGAUGUCUGCCAUCACUGUACUUUUGUUUACUUUAUUAUUUCUUGCACCGACUUUACCCAAUUUUUUUGUUUAGGUUUUUGUUUGAAAGCAACCACGCUCUGCCCGGCUAUAGAAACUGCUGAUACUCUGUAUUUCACAUGGGCAUGCACAGCCCAGGGUCGCGACCAGGUCAUUUGACACUUAGAUUUCACACUGGUUUUUGAAGAAGCAAGGUCGACCUGAGUGACAAGCAAGUACACAACGCGCGUAUGUAAUGCCCCGGAAGCAACGUUCACUUGACCAGCCUUUAAUCUGUUUUAAUCCUGGAUUGAAUCGUCAGAAAAAUUGUAUUGUAUAAAAUUGUGAAACUUAAAUUCAACUUUUUAUAAACUACACUAUUUAAAAAGUCACAUUAAGCUAUUUAUUAGUUCAAUGAAGUUGUGCACAAGCUUACUAAACAGAAGUUAUAUUAAAAUACUCACAUCUCGGGGGAGGGGAAGCGAAGAUUUCAGUAGGCGACAUGGAGUACAAUUAUUGAUAUUUUUUUCGAAUGAUUAUAUUUUGUAUUUGGAGGCUUAAUUGACAGUCCUGGUAUGGGCACAUGUAUGUCUUAGUGGACCAGAUGGAAAACCGCCACCUCUCAAACACUCAACAAAAACGACAGUAAAAAUAAAAACUGCAAAAUAAUUUCUGAUGAUUCUUCUUCAAUUUACCUCAAGGAGGCUGGUAUCGCAUGUGUGCAGAUUAACAAGCUCUGCAUCCAGACAAAGAAGUUUAGUUGAGAUGGCUCGCCCUAGCUCAGAUAUGGCUGAAUUCCGACAGAUCUUUGCCAAAGCCAAACACAUAGCAAUCAUUACUGGAGCUGGUGUCAGUGCAGAAAGUGGAGUUCCUACCUUCAGAGGAGCAGGAGGCUACUGGAGGAAGUGGCAAUCCCAGGAUUUAGCCACACCAGAAGCAUUUUCAAGGAACCCUUCCAGAGUAUGGGAAUUCUACCACUACCGCCGGGAGGUGAUGCUGACCAAGAACCCAAAUCCUGCUCACUUGGCCAUUGCAGAAUGUGAGGCGAGACUCAGCAAGCAGGGCAGGACAGUCAUAGUCAUCACACAGAAUAUAGAUGAGCUACACAAGAGAGCUGGCUCCAAACACAUGUGGGAGAUUCAUGGAAGUUUAUUCAAAACCAGAUGCCUCACCUGUGGAAAUGUUACAGAGAAUCACAAUAGUCCAAUAUGUCCUGCAUUAGAGGGAAAGGGUGCUCCAGAUCCAGAUACAGAUGAUGCCAGGAUACCAGUUGAAAACCUGCCAAGGUGUCAGGAAAAUGGCUGCAAUGGCCUGCUACGCCCCCAUGUUGUGUGGUUUGGGGAGACAUUGGAUUCAAAUGUUAUGACUCAGGUGGAAGAGCAACUUGAAAUGUGCGACCUCUGCCUUAUUGUCGGUACCUCUUCUGUAGUCUAUCCUGCUGCCAUGUUCGCCCCUCAGGUAGCAGCUAGAGGUGUACCAGUGGCAGAGUUCAACAUGGAAACCACACCAGCCACUACAAGGUUCAGAUUUCAUUUUCAGGGUCCCUGUGGAUUGACUUUGCCACCUGCGCUGGCUCGCCAUGAUAGCGAAAUAAUCUUGUGAAUGUAGAACUGGCAGAAGGCAAACUCAAAAAGGCACCUAAACCAACAAGUAAUCACAUAAAUAUGACAUUUGUUUAAAAGUGAUCAAAUUACUGCUGCACUUUUAAAACAGGUGCUUCUUGUGAAGUUUCGUGUGCAAUUUCUUGUAAGGGGUUCAGUGGGGUCCAAAGCCCCACAUUAGUUAUGAUAGGGUCUGUAUGCUUCAUUGAUUAGUCAUUGUGAUUUAACAUGCAAUCAUUUCACUCUCUUUUCAAAUGAUAUUCAAUUAUCAUAAUAAAUAAUCUAUGCCUCUU